GCAUCCGCAUUCCAGACCGGGAGCCACAGCAUCCUCGAGCGGAUCGCGUCGCUGCAGCCCGAGCUGGCGCCGAAACUCCUGGAGUUCAUUGAGAAUCAGGGCCCCCGCGUCAUCGACGAGUGCAUGCAAUCGGACGCAGCGCUCCGGCGGCAUGUCGAGGCUGGCUUAAUCGACCUCUUUGCUGCAGAGGAGCGAGCCGCCGACCCGGGGCCCUCGCAGCUCUUCCAAAAGGGGCCGGGCCACAGCCUACCCGGGGCAGGCGCAUCGACGACACCAGUGAUACGCUCGAUCAAUGCUUCUGUCCGGCCGAAGGCCUUCCAGACGAAGCCAAGCACUCGAGGCCAAGGAGCUCCCGCGGAGGUGCCCCCAAGUCUGCCGACGCCCACGAUGGCCGGAUACCACCGCGUGGUGCAGGACUCACCUGCCCCCCCGGCCAAGCCGCGUGUUGUUGCUGCAGAGACGAGAUCAUCUCCGGCCGCACCAGCGCGGUCAGGCCACAGCCGCCGCAUCUGGGGUUUGGAGGAGCUGCUGUCGGAGUUGGGUCUGCUCGAAUACGAGGAGGCAGCCGCGGCCUGGGCAUCGCAGAUGGGAGCUGCGUUUCUUGAGGAGCUCGUGGAGAACAGCGAGGAGCUGGCGCAAGCUAUCUGCCUGAAGCCGUUGGAGCAGAAGCGGCUGCAACGCAUGGGGCCGGAGGUUGCUGAGCGGCUGCGCCGGGCACGGCCGGUGGAGGCUGAGAGCCGCCCCCCGCCGAGACCACCGCCAGCAGCGACGGUCACAGACACUCCCGAGGCAGAGGCUCCUGUCCCUGAUGCCCUGCCGGCCACGGCGCUCUGGACCAGAAAGUGGUCAACGCCGGCUAAUGCCGCGGCUUCGACGUGGGGAGCCGCUUCUGAGAAGGACGAGGAGCUGGUGUGA